UUUAAUUCAUCGGGAAGAAGUUCAGCAUAAAGUUCUGCUGCACUUGAGAGACCGGGGAGGGCUGGGAGGUUUCCCAUCCCCUCACCUCGCUCCCGCUAGCCGACGUUUCUUUAAGGGAUGGGUGGAGACAAGGCUGCCGCAGUCCUGGGCUCGGCUUGAAUUUUCUUUAAAGCCUUUGCCCGGCUAAACCGAGGCAGAGCGGCCCUUCGCUGGCAGAAACCGCGGGAUGGGUCGGGAGCACCCCCCGCCGCCCUCGGGGACUGGCAGCAUCUCUUACCUCGGCUCCUUGAGCGACCUGAAAAGACGGAUUUGAUGGGAUGCCUCCCUUUCUGGAGCCUGCGGUGCCAGCAGCAGAAGAAUAAAAUCGUGGCAAUGGUCCCCAGCAGCAGCAGGAGCAAGAAGAGGGCGCACUGGAUGCUGUAGGGUCUCAGCAGGACCAGGAAAGCCGCGGCAAUCAUGGCUCAAGCACCCGGCUGCCCCUGCGGACAAACAGAGAAGAGAAAAGAAAUGAAGAGAGAAGGUUAAAACAAAACCUCUCAGCUGAGAUUUGACCUCAGAAGGAGGAUCCUGGAGGUGAAGCUAUUGCAGAGAAGAGGAAGUAAAAGAAGGCAGUGUCUGUGUGACAAGAAAACCACUUAACAAUGAAAAAAUUCACACUGUUUGAUUUUGUAAAUGAUAAUUCACUGCAAAUUGGAGAGACUUCAUGGAUACAGGACCUUCCCAGUGAUGACAAUGAAUUAGAAAGACUUCUGAAGCCAAAUGAGCAUGUGCUAGUAAACUGGCCUGUGGGAGAAAGGAAGACAGAAAAGCACCUGGUGAAAGUUGUGUAUAUGAGUGAUGAUCCCCAGGAGCUGGUGGAAAUGAUGCAAAAGAUACUGCGAGCAGAUGAAAUUACAAAAAUACAAGUCCUUGGAAAAGGCAAGAGGAAGAGGAUAGAAAUGAUAUUCUCAGAAAGUGAGGACAGUGAUCUGGAUAAAGAACAGGGGAAGAUGAGGAAACAUAUAAAAAGAAAGAAAUCAUUGCAGGCAUCUGCUCCUGCCAACAUCCUGAGUCAACUUGAAACAUCUUUAAUUAACAAACAGAGAGAACCAUAUUCAGAAAGCAACUUUCUGUAUAGUGAAAGCAGCAGUGAUGAUGAAGAGCCUUUAUUUCAACUGUCCAAGGUAGAACUGUGUGCCAAAAUUAAAAGUCUCAAGAGGAAGCUGACAGACACCAUGAGAGAAAACUGCCGCCUAAGGCAGUCCCUGGUGAUGCUUCAAGUCUUGCCACAGGCAGUCACUCAUUUUGAGGAACUGGUAGGGAUGGCUGAAGCACUGCUCAAAGGAGGAGUGACAUCAUCUACGUCCAGUCUGCACUCACAUGCUGUUUGGAAGGCAUCUCACAAUCCAUUAGCAGAUUCCUAUGCAGCUAUGCAUAGUAACUCCAGCUCACCAGUAACUUUGAAUGUGGAAGAUGAGGAGCAACAGACCGAAAAACAGUUCAAGAUCGAAAAGUGGCAGAUCGCACUUUGUAACAAAAGCAAACCUCAAAAAUUUAUAAAUGACUUGAUGCAAGCACUUUAUACACAUGAAUACAUGGCUACACACAGCCUGACAGGUGCAAAGUCCUCCUCUUCAAAGGAUAAAGCGGCAAAACCAGCUAUGAAUCAGAAUGAAGUUCAGGAAAUCAUAGGAAUCACAAAACAGUUGUUUCCAAACACAGAUGAUGCUUUAAUUAGGCGAAUGAUGGGACAAAAACUGAACAAUUGCACCAAGAAGCCAAUUUUAAGCAAAGAUCUUAACUCAGGUGCUUUUCAGAAACAAAGCUUUUGCGGUUCAACAGCUGCUCCUCAGGGCAUCAUCUCUUCGGCUGUUCCUCCCAGUACACAAGACCAGCAGGAUGAUGAUUCACCAGCUGCUAAUGCACAACUUCAGCAAAGUGACAGCUGCCUGACUCCUCCACCUCCCACCCCAGAGGGUCAGCAGGAGUGUCUCAAGCCCACUGAUUCUAAGGUGGAGUCUCAACUCUCAAGCAGCUCACCAGCGCCCUCUCCCAACCAGGGUUGUGGACAGGAUCUCAGAAACUCAGACAAGGAAUAACUGAAGGUAUUUCAUACCAGUUCACAUUCUCAACAGAGAUUAAGUAGUAGUAUAAAAUAAAAAGGAAAUAAUACCUAAAUGGUACUAGAUAUUGGGUACUGUCCAACAGUGGACCGAGAUAGAACCCUGAGAACUUUUUUCUCAAACAAAUGAAAAUCCCACAGUUUAGAAAAUAAAUGAAGGCAUAUUAAUAUCUUUAAAUUUAAGAUAUUAUAAGAUAUAUGCAUGUUAUGCAGUAAUUAAAAAAUAUAAACUUGUUCUGAAGAAUACAAGUAGAGUUCCCCUUAGUUAGAAAAAAGCAUUAUUUAAAGUAAUACCAAAAGAAUGUAUAUGAAGAGUCUUAAUCCCCUUCCUUUCACCUUGACAGCUGAGGGAAAACUGCUUUAAACGAUCAGAGAAAGCUAUUGUAUAUUAAUGUAAAAAGGGAUAUUGAUAUGAAAAGAGAAUAGAAAGAUUUCCUAGUGAAAUGAACACUAUAGCCAGCACAGGAUUAGAAAGCCCAGGGCCAUGUGAGCAGAGAAGAAGAAAUAAAAUAGGUAUUAAAGGACACUAUUAAAUUGGAAAGAAGAAAACAUUCUUAAGGCAAUGAAACUGCAACUCUCAAGAUGUCCACAGCAAAGAAGCAGCUGAUUUUUAACCUCUGAAAGUUGAAAAGGCAACGGAAGAAGUCAUGUUCCCUUGUAGAUCAGGGAGAAGGCUUUUGUGGGGGCUGGGGUAAAAAUUAAGUGAUUUGCUAUCCUUUUUCAUCUUUCAUGUCUAACAAUUCCUCGUAGAUAGGAUCAGGAAGAAAGCAGGUAUGAAAUAUGUUAGUUCUAGCUCAUGUUAUUAACUACCAUCUAUAAAAUGUAACAGAAGGAUGCUUAUGUACAUUUUGUAUAUGUAACUAUGUACAGCAUAUAUAAGAAUGUAUAUAGUUAAUCAUAUUUUUGAAGUGAAUUUCUAUCAAAUAAAAUGAAACAUUACUAUGUCUUA